GAAAGGUGGGGGGGGGGGCGGUCUCAGGGAUGCGGCGUUCUACGGGAGAGGGUACGGAUCCUUGAGGGGAGGAGGAAAUCCCAGGGAAGGAGGAGAAGGGGCUGGGAGAGUAGGGAUCUGGGGGUAGGGAGUCCGUGGGGAGAGGGUCCGCGACGGUGGUGUCAUGGGGAAGGAGUCUGAGAGAGGGAGAGGGGGGACCGGCGGGGGAGAAGGGUGCCCCGCUGACCACAACCCAUCUCCCUUGCACCAAAGGUCAAGGAGAUUACGUUCCUGAAAAACACGGUGAUGGAGUGUGACGCGUGCGGUGAGCGCAGCCGGGGCGACGGAGACGGGGUGGCCGGGGAGCGAGAAGAGAUGGGGAGACAGAACAGAUCCAGAGAGCAGAGGACAGACCGGGAGCAAAAGAGAGAAGAAGACAGAGGUUGACAGAGAUGGAGAGAUUGGAUGAGAGAUGGAGAGAGAGGAACAGAAAGGAGAGAGAGAGACUGUGGGAGGGGAGACCCCCAAAAGAGCCAGAAACCUUGCGAGAGACGCUGGGAGGUGGAGUCGCGGAGGGAGAAGCGAAAAAAGACAGUCGGGCGCAGAGAUCGAGAGACUGCAGAGACCUGGAGAGACGAGCGCUCCGUACGGGGCGGGGUCGCGGAACAGCCAGGAUGCUGCCUGGAUGAGAGCGCUGUCUCGACAGGCUCCACCCCUGGGCGUGGCCUUAACCACUCGCGCCCCACUCCCUGCAGGGAUGCAACCCGCGCGAACCCCCAGUCUGACGGUGCGGCCGCUAAGCCAGUGUUCGCCCGGCUUCUGCUUCCCCGGAGUGGCUUGUACCGAGACAGCCAGCGGCGCGCGCUGCGGACCCUGCCCCGAAGGUUUCACGGGCAACGGCUCGCACUGCGCCGAUGUCAACGAGUGCACCGCCCAUCCUUGCUUCCCUCGCGUCCGCUGCAUCAAUACCAGUCCCGGCUUCCGCUGCGAGGCUUGCCCACCUGGGUUCAGCGGCCCCACCCACGAGGGCGUGGGGCUGGCCUUCGCCAAGGCCAACAAGCAGGUUUGUACGGACAUUAACGAGUGCGAGACCGGGCAGCAUAACUGCGUCCCCAACUCUGUAUGCGUCAAUACCGUGGGCUCCUUCCAGUGCGGCCCGUGCCAGCCCGGCUUCGUAGGCGACCAGGCAUCAGGCUGCCGUCGGCGGCCACAGCGCUUCUGCCCUGACGGCACGCCCAGCCCGUGCCACGAGAAGGCCGACUGCGUGCUGGAGCGUGACGGGUCGCGAUCAUGCGUGUGCGCCGUCGGCUGGGCUGGCAAUGGGCUCAUCUGCGGCCGCGACACAGACUUGGACGGCUUCCCAGACGAGAAGUUACGCUGCUCGGAGCGCCAGUGCAGAAAGGACAACUGCGUGACGGUGCCCAACUCAGGGCAGGAGGAUGUGGACCGGGACGGCAUCGGAGACGCCUGCGACCCGGACGCCGACGGGGACGGCGUCCUCAAUGAGAAGGACAACUGCCCGCUCGUGCGGAACCCAGACCAGCGAAAUACGGAUGGCGACAAGUGGGGCGAUGCGUGCGACAACUGUCGGUCCCAGAAGAACGACGACCAGAAGGACACAGAUAAGGACGGCCGAGGCGACGCCUGCGACGACGACAUAGACGGCGACCGGAUCCGAAAUCCGAUGGACAACUGCCCCAGGGUGCCCAACUCAGAUCAGAAGGACACUGAUGGUGAUGGUGUAGGAGAUGCCUGUGACAACUGUCCUCAGAAGAGCAACGCAGACCAGAGGGAUGUGGACCACGACUUCGUGGGAGAUGCUUGUGACAGCGACCAAGACAAGGAUGGGGAUGGGCACCAGGACUCGAUGGACAACUGCCCCACAGUGCCCAACAGUGCCCAGCAGGACUCAGACCACGAUGGCCAGGGUGACGCCUGCGAUGACGAUGACGACAACGAUGGGGUCCCCGACAGUAGGGACAACUGCCGUCUAGUGCCCAACCCAGGCCAGGAAGACAUGGACCGGGACGGCGUGGGCGACGCGUGCCAGGGCGACUUUGAUGCGGACAAGGUAGUAGACAAGAUCGAUGUGUGUCCGGAGAACGCUGAGGUCACCCUCACCGACUUCCGGGCCUUCCAGACGGUCGUGCUGGACCCUGAGGGCGACGCGCAGAUAGACCCUAACUGGGUGGUGCUCAACCAGGGUAUGGAGAUCGUGCAGACGAUGAACAGCGACCCAGGCCUGGCUGUGGGUUACACGGCCUUCAAUGGCGUGGAUUUCGAAGGCACGUUCCAUGUGAACACUGUCACGGAUGACGACUACGCUGGUUUCAUCUUUGGCUACCAGGACAGCUCCAGCUUCUACGCGGUCAUGUGGAAACAGAUGGAGCAGACGUACUGGCAGGCGAGCCCGUUCCGUGCGGUGGCAGAGCCCGGCAUCCAGCUCAAGGCCGUGAAGUCCUCCACAGGCCCUGGGGAGCAGCUUCGGAACGCACUGUGGCACACGGGGGACACAGCGUCACAGGUGCGGCUGCUGUGGAAGGAUCCCCGGAACGUGGGCUGGAAGGACAAGACCUCCUACCGCUGGUUCCUGCAGCACCGGCCCCAAGUGGGCUACAUCAGAGUGCGAUUCUACGAGGGCCCAGAGCUGGUGGCAGACAGCAACGUGGUCCUGGAUACAACCAUGCGGGGUGGUCGUCUGGGGGUCUUCUGCUUCUCCCAGGAGAACAUCAUCUGGGCCAACCUGCGCUACCGCUGCAACGACACCAUCCCCGAGGACUACGAGGCCCAGAGGCUGCUGCAGGCCUAGGGAUGGGGUUGGGGACCCGCCACUGGGUGACAGCCACCCGCGCGGCUGCCCUCCCCAUGGGAGGUCGUCAGCAUCAGGCCCCAGCAGGCAGUUGGCCUGGGGGGAAAUGAGAGGGGCUCAGGGAAGACAAAAUAAAGUGUCUCUGUGUGGCGGA